AUGGCUCAUACAACUGUACAACACCCAAAUAACCCUUAUGUAAACGGUCGGCUUGUAAGGAGGAGUUCACAGGACUUAGGAUUACAGGUUGUGGUUUAUGAAGGUUAUUACGAAUUUCUGAGGCGUUAUACACUUGGUGAACGUUUUGGAUCUGGAGGUUUUGGCCAUGUCCAUCGUGCUAGGCGUACAUCUGAUAAUAAAGAAGUUGUGGUUAAAGAAGUUCGCUCAGACAAAGUUCCUUGCUGGUGUUUGUUGGACAAUCAAUUAAUGCCAAUUGAAGUUGUACUUCUUGUUAUGUGUCAAGGUUUACCUGGAAUAGUUCGUCUAUUAGAUGCUUUUAAUUUUGGUCAAUCAUGGGCAAUUGUUAUGGAUCAAGUAUCGAAUACAACAUGUGAUAUGUUUGAUUAUAUUGGUGAACGAGUUGGUGUAUUACAUCGUGAUAUAAAAGAUGAAAAUAUUUUAAUAAAUCGUACAACAAAUGAAUUAGUCCUAAUUGAUUUUGGUUCUGGUGCAUUUCUUGAAUCACGUUUGUAUACAGAUUUUGAUGGUACUCGUGUUUAUAGCCCACCUGAAUGGAUUUUAAAUAGUCGAUAUCAUGGAAAACAAGCAGAAGUAUGGUCAUUAGGUGUACUACUUUAUGAUAUGUUAUGCGGUGAUAUUCCUUUCGUAAAUGAUAAGGGUAUUAUUGGAGGAAAGUUACGAUAUCGUAGAGACAAUUUAAGUGAAGCAGCUAAACAUCUUAUUGCGAGCUGUUUAAAUAUGGAUCCGUCUAAACGUCCAUCAUUAUUGGAAAUUCUGCAGCACCCGUGGAUGCAAGCACAUAGACCACAACCUGGUACUCAGAUUCCACCUGCCUUUCAAAUAGCUUUAAAUGCUUUAGAAAAUGCAUUGGCUACGCGUGAAUCAAGUACCGAUAUUAAUUCAAAUGUGACUAACGCACUGAUUCACAAAAUUCUUCUUCUGGAACGCAAAACUCAAACUUGUCAAAUCAAAUGGCAUCUGGUUUAG